GUGAUUGAAGAAUCUGGACGCGGCAACUGUUAGUGCGAUCUUCUCAGCGAUCAGAACAACUUCGUUGAUUUGUUCUGGAUUUCAAUUUCUGCUUUGAAUGACGACGGCAUCGGCCGCUUCGUUUCAGUCAUAAAAUAAUCUGGGUUAACAAGAAUAACAACAUCACCGAUUAUCGAGAAUGAAAUCAAGUAGAACAACCGUUGCUAUUCUGUUCGCAUUAUUUUUCAACCUUAUGUCAGUGGCAACUGGAAAUAGCCAAACGGCGGUUUGUCCGGGCGGAGGCUGCACCGACGACAGCUCCAAGCCAACGGUGACGGAGCUCGUUGCCAAGCCUUCCGAGAAACUCGUGGAGAUUUUGGGUGGCAUCUAUGAGCAUUCUCCCUGGGUUGCUGAAGAGCUCGUGAAAGAAGACGCGGUAACCCUGAAAGAGAUCUCAACCGUGACCGAACUCGCCUCCCGGCUCAAGUCGAUCGUCAACGAAGCCUCGGACGAUCAAAAAUUAGCAUUGUUGCGGGCGCAUCCCGAUCUCUGUGAAAAGGUCGAAGCCAUGAAAUCUCUAACGAAAGAGUCGCAAGAAGAGCAGUCGCGGUCUGGUCUGCAAUCGAUGGAAGGGAAAGAGCUCGAAAGAUUUAGGAGCAUGAACGAAGCCUACAAGAAGAAAUUUGGCUUUCCAUUCAUUCUGGCGGUUCGAAAUGCGAGCAAGAGUACGGUGUUGAGCGCACUCGAGGGACGCCUAGAAGGGAGCUCGUCGCAGCGAGAAUUCAAUGUAGCACUGGAACAGGUUCACAACAUUGCCUGGAUGCGCCUGUUGACAAAGGUUAACAGCGACAAAGCAGCAGGAUUUUUGACUUGUCACGGUAAGUUUUUCUACUUUUUUUAAAAAAAUUGUCGAAGCGGAUGAAUGCCAGUCCAGUCUAACGAUUUGUUUCGUUUAACAAUGCUACAAUAGUGUUGGACACUGCCAACGGCAUCCCGGCACGAAAAAUGAAAAUCGUCCUGAAGCGCUUGGCGCCCGAGGAAUCCGCGGGGGUCAUUGGUGAAUUCGUCACAAACGAUGAUGGUCGCUUGGAGGGAGGUCCAGCGCUGAAAGGCAAUGAUUUCUUGGUAGGAACCUACGAAUGGGAAUUUCAUGCCGGGGACUACUUUGCCUCGAAUGGGAAUGCCAUGAACGGGACUCCCUUCUUGGACGUCAUACCGCUCCGGUUUGGAAUCGACAAUCCAGACGAUCACUAUCAUGUGCCCUUGUUGGUCAGUCCCUGGGGAUAUUCCACCUAUCGGGGGAGUUAAAAAAAUUUAAAAGAAGUGCUAGGGAUCCAAGGCUUCGCACGUUGGGGGCAACCAUAGAACCUUGUGAACAGACCAGUCUGGAGUCCCUUAAACUCCGUCGAAAGGCACACAGAUUUGUUGAUACCAUUCCAUUCGAAGUUUCAGUCCAGUUGCAGGAUUUUAAAAAUUAGAAUUUCAUGUAAACAAAAUACUGUGUAUUAC